CGUCACGCACAUGCAGAAUGGCGUUGAAAAGCAGAUUUGCUCACGUUGAGAUUCCCGAAAAUCUGUCAUGGCCAGGGUUUGUUUAUCAGAAGUUUGACGAGUUCGGCGACAGAACCGCCAUUAUCGAUGGCGCCUCUGGUCAUUCCUAUACGUUUACUGAACUAAAAACUCUCACUAGAAAACUCGCUUCAUCUCUGAUCAAGAGAGGCUUCCAAAAAGGAGAUGUUCUAGCGAUAUACCUUCCAAACGUUCCAGAAUACCCCAUCAUUUACCAUGGAGUUGCUUACACCGGCGGCAUGGUAACCACAGUCAACCCACUUUACACUGCUGAAGAACUUGAGAGACAACUUCAGGACACCCAGGCUAUUUAUCUCGUCACCAGUCCUUCAUUUCUCAACAAGGCCAAAGAGGCGAGCGAAGCGCAAGGUAAAAUAAAAAAGAUCUUUGUCGUUGGUGGAGAAGAUUCUGACGGCUGCGAAGCGUUUUCUCAUCUGCUUGAAGACGAUGGCUCCAGUUUUCCGAAUGAGUGCAUGGUGGACAAAGUUGAUGUAGUCACCAUGCCGUAUUCAAGCGGUACCACAGGACUACCAAAGGGAGUUAUGAUUACCCAUCACGGUAUGAUCGCAGACGCGUACAUCCUUGAAGCAGCCAAAGUCUUCGUAGUCGACAAGAACUCUGUUGUCAUGACGAUUCUUCCGUUUUCUCACAUGUUUAGCCAGCUUUGGAUGAUGGGCAUAGCCUUACAUCAAGGCGGCAAACUUGUCGUUCUGCAAAGAUUUGAGCACGAACCAUUCUUAAAGGCGAUGCAAGAUCAGAGGGUCACAAUUGCUCCAGUGGCUCCUUCCAUAGUACUUUUCCUGGCCAAACAUCCCCUGGUUGACGAAUUUGACUUAACAAGCGUUGAAGAUGUGAUAUGCGGAGUAGCACCAAUGGGUAAAGGACUUGAAGAAGCUCUCAUCAAACGAAUGCCGAAAUUAAAACACGUCCGACAAGGGUUUGGCAUGACAGAAGUGCUUGCCACGCAUAUGCAGCCCGUGGGAGAAAUAAAGCCGGGAAGAGUUGGUGUCCUUCUGCCUAAUUUGGAAUGUAAGAUUGUUGAUACAACCACCGGCGCUGUUCUUGGUCCAGGUCAGGACGGCGAAAUGUGUAUCAGAGGACCAACAAUUAUGAAAGGUUACCUGAAUAAUCCUGAAGCUACCGCUCGAAUGGUAGAUGAAGACGGAUGGGCGCACACGGGUGAUAUUGGACAUUAUGACGAAGAUGGGCAUUUCUUUAUCGUGGACAGAUUGAAAGAACUUAUCAAGUACAACGCAUUUCAGGUCGCCCCAGCGGAACUCGAAGCGUUGCUGAUUUUACAUCCGAAAAUCGACGACGCAGCCGUUAUCGGUAUUCCAGACGAGAAGUCAGGAGAGCUGCCGAAGGCCUUUGUUGUUCCCAAGGGAGACAUUACUCCUGAAGAAAUCGCCGAGUAUAUCGCACAAAGGGUGGCCCCUCAAAAAAAAUUAAGAGGCGGAGUGGAAUUUAUCGACAAGAUUCCCAAGUCCGCAAGUGGCAAGAUUUUACGAAAGGAUUUAAGAAAGAGAGAAUAGGAAAGAAAACACUUCAGCCACCUGUAGCUGGGAUGUUAAACGGGUGAAAACAAACACAAAAUGGCAAGAAUUGGACAAAUUCCUGGAAUUCUC